CCCCCGCUCGGCGCCCACCUACACCAUGUUCUCCCGCUCGACCGCCUGCCGGGGCGCCCAGCGUGCUGCCCGCCAGCACGCUCUCCGCCAGACCCAGCGCCGAGGACUCGCAGCGCCAGCAUCAGGAUCAUUUCAGUAUGAGGCCGGCGAGGCCAAGGGCGUCAAGUUCGCCAGCAGAGACUUUGCCGGUCCCACCACCACUCUUGCGCUCGUCUCCAAGGCCGGCACGAGGUUCCAGCCGCUGCCCGGCCUGACCGAGGGCCUUGCCAACUUCGCAUUCCGAGGUACCGAGCGACGGUCAACGCUGCGCAUUGUCCGCGAAUCCGAGCUCCUCGGAGCUGCAUUGAACGCACACCACUCGCGCGAGAAUCUGGUCAUCGAGGCCAAGUUCCUCCGCGAUGACCUGCCCUACUUCGUCGAGCUGUUCGGCGAGGUUGCCAGCCAGACCAAGUACCAGCCCUACGUCUACAACGAAGAGGUCCUCCCGCUCAUCGACUUCGCCCACAAGCGCUUCCUCGCGAGCGUCACUGACAUGGCCACCAACUCGGCCCACAGCCUCGCUUUCCACCGCGGCCUCGGAACCCCCACUGCCUCCGCCUCGCCCACUCCCUACACCAAAUACCUCGACGCCGCAACCAUCGAAUACUACUCCAAGAUCGCUUACGCCAAGCCCAACUUUGCCGUGGUAGCCAACGGUGCUGAGCACGGCGAGUUCUCCAAGUGGGUCAACGAGUUCUUCGACGACGUCCCUGCCACCGCCGAGGGCGAGCUCGCAGGUACCGAGCAGACCAAGUACGUUGGUGGAGAGGAGCGCAUUGCCCACGAUGGCGGCAACGCCAUGGUCAUUGCUUUCCCUGGCUCCAGCUCCUUCACCGGCAAGUUCUACAAGCCUGAGAUUGCCGUCCUCGGAUCGCUGCUCGGUGGACAGUCUGCUGUGAAAUGGUCGCCCGGUUUCACCAUCCUCGGACAAGCGGCUGCGCCCGGCGUCAAGGUCAAGACCACCAGCGCCAUCUACUCGGACGCUGGUCUCCUCUACACCACCAUCACUGGCUCAGCCAAGGGUGUUGCCUCCACCGCCAAGGCCGCCGUCGACGCCAUCAAGAAGAUUGCAGGCGGCGAGAUCUCAAGCGAGCAGAUCUCCAAGGCCAAGGCUGCUGCUAAGUUCAAGGAGCUUGAGCACGGUCAGGACAUCCGCGCUGGUCUCGAGCUCACCGGAUCCGGCCUCAUCCACAACACCCAAGCCUACCAGAUCGACGAGGUUGCCAAGGCCAUUGACGGCGUCUCAGAAGAAGCUCUCAAGAAGGCUGCCAAGCAAUUACUCGAGAGCAGGGCCUCCGUGUCCUCUGUCGGCGACCUUUUCGUACUACCGUACGCUGAGGAGCUCGGCCUCACAGUGUAAAUACAGUGCUUUCGACGCGUGGAUUAGAAGGCUGAUGUCGUCUGGCCUGGGGCUUGUGUAACAUUAUCUUGUGAUAGUCCCAGAUAGAAGUGUCUUAUAUUAGCAAUUUUGUUUGUUCAAA